UGGAAAAUCUAGCCGUGGUUUCACGCGCAUCCACCCGGCACCUAACGCGAACAGGCACCAGCCUUUUCUUCCCCGUCCUCUCCCUGCUCUACUCCUCUAUAAAGAAGGGGAAAGACUCUUGCUCUGUUAGUCGUUGGCAGCAACCUUCGAGACCCGUUCAGUUCAGUGAUUCAGUCCAGUAGCUGGUGCAGUUCCCCCAAGGCUUGGCCUCCUCACUUCCACAGGCUCAGCUCCUGCCCUGAAAACAAUGGCUUCCUCUUCCUCCUCCUCCUCCUCAUUCUUCAACAUCGAGCCGCUCGAGUGCGCCGAGACCUGCCGCUGCGCCAUGGACGCAUGCUCCCUCUGCGGGAAGCGCCUGGCCGGGGACCGCGACAUCUUCAUGUACAGAGGGGACACGCCGUUCUGCAGCGAGGAGUGCAGGUACCGCCGGAUGGUGAGCGACGGCGUGGGCGCCCGGAAGAACAAGCCCUUCAACUUCAAGACGGAGCAUAGGCGCGCGGCGCCGGCGGCCGCCCAGCCCGGCCGCGUCCACAUCGCGGCAGACGUGCCCGUUGCGAUCUAACCCCCAGCUGGCACAGAGCAGCGUCCGAUGGAGCCAACAGCCCGAUCGAGAUGACUGAUGAGUGGCGGCAGAAUAUGGAUGCAAGCAAAGCAACGACGCGCCCUCGACCUCGAGUAUCUUUUUCUGUUCUUCCUUUCUCGUUGUUGCGGAUCACGUUUUCUUGCCUGUAACUAGUGAGAGUGUGAGAGAAACGGGUGUACAUGACGGCAUUUCCCAGCAUUUCAAUGUUGUCCCUUUGCAAUCAGUAUGCUUCUGAUCUCGCC